AUGUCUCCUCUCAAGCCUUCCACCGUAGACAGUGGCUUUGUCUUAGCUCCGCCUGCUCUGGAGAAUCCUUUCACGUCGGACGAGUCGUAUAAACGGGUUCUCGAAUGGUACCUCCCACCGCAUGUCCUCGAGGUCGUCAAUCAUCGUCUCACCAAGUUUGCGGAGGAGGCCAUCUCACCAGAGAUCAAUGAAUUGAUAUCAAACGCCGAGUCGCAGCAGCCAUACGUCAAGACUCAUAAUGUGUGGGGUGCUCGUUACCCAUAUGAUCGGUUGGUCACCAGCCACGGGUGGAAGGAAUUGGGAAAAUGGGGGUCGAAAAAUGGAGUGAUAGCACUCGGCUACGAAGAAGAAUUCAAAGAGUAUCGGAGGCUCGUCCAACAUGCAUUUAACUAUACGUUCUCUGCCUCGUCCGCGGUAUACUCAUGCCCAGUUUCAAUGACUAGCGGAGCUGCACGGCUCGUGUCGAAACAGUUGAGCUCAGUGCCUGCCGAUCAUCCGUUUCACGAGAUUUAUCGUCUACUCAUCGCGCGAGAAGGGAAUUGGAUCUCGUCUCAGUGGAUGACCGAGAGACCAGGUGGCAGCGAUGUGCAGAACUCUGAGACCGUCGCCGUGUAUUCUCCGCUGCCCAACAAGACAGGGCGCUACGGGAGCAUUGAAGAAGGAGACUACCUUGUGUCCGGGUUCAAGUUCUUUUCCUCUGCUACCGACUGCGACAUGGCUCUUAUUCUCGCCAAAACAGAAUCCGGUCAGCUCAGUCUCUUUGUCGCGCCAACCAGAAGGACUGUGGAUAUAGACGGGAAAAGACAGCAGGUCACAAACGGUGUCCGCAUUCAUCGUCUCAAGAACAAAAUGGGCACCAAAGAACUUCCGACGGCCGAAUUGGAACUCAACAACGUGAGAGCACAUCUUAUCGGUCCCUUAGACCGCGGAAUCGCUACCAUCGCACUUCUUCUGAAUGUCACCAGAACCCACAAUUUUAUUACCGCCCUGUCCUGCUGGCGUCGGGGCAUGGCUAUCGCGAAAAGCUUCGCCAAAAUCCGAACCACGAUCGAUCAGCCGUUGUGGACGUUUCCUAUGCACCUCCGAAUGCUGGCGAACAUGGAAGUGAAGCACCGAGGCGCUCUCCAACUAGCAUUCUUCACCACCGCACUGCUGAGUUUCGCUGACAAUGGGUUCCCACCUGAGCAUAUUCAACGAAAGGGCUACGUGCCCCUGCCAUCUCCCGGGGAGCAGACCGAGAUCAUCCUGAGGACUCUGACUGCGACGGCCAAGGCUGUGAUCUGCAAGACUGGCACCCUUUCGCUGCAGGAAUGUCAGGAGGCCAUGGGCGGCGUCGGAUAUAUGGAUGAGCCCGACGAGCCGGAGUUCAAUAUCUCGCGCCUCAUGCGUGACACAGCAGCUAACAUGACAUGGGAGGGCACCACCAACGUGUUGAGCAGUGAGGUGGUCAGGCAUCUUCUGAACAAGAACGGACGACAUCUAUCUGCUUUCGGCGCUUGGAUGGACAAGGCGAUUUCGCGAGUUGAAGAUGCCGAGCUGAGAAGGAGGCUCGGCCGGGCUUGGAGCGAAUAUUUCCAGAUCCUGGACGGAAAGCGUGAUGACUUGGUCUCUGCUCUCGCCAUGGGCCGGCAGUUGAUGUUCACCCUCGCGUGGCUUGUGGCGGGCGUGUUGCUUGCGCUUGACGCAACAAGAGACGCGAAUCCGACCGCAAUGGAGAUCGCGCGACGCUGGAUCCUCGAAGGCGAAGGAAACAUAGGCGAUUUCCAUCUUUCGAACGUGGUCAAAGCGUCGGAGCGUGAGUUGGCGGUCAGUGAUAGGGACAAGAUCAACUGGGACUGCCGAAUAGUCUGGGAAGUCGACCUGCCUGAAGGUUCUGCGAUAGGCUAUCGGGCACAAGAUAGAUAUACAUCGCGCCCUAAACUUUAG